AAUUUGGGAUCUGAUGAGAACAGUAGAGAUAAUGUAGAUUUAAGUCCAAAAUCUAACAAUUCUGAUGCAAACUUCAAUGAGGACCUGGAUAAGAGUUUCUAUAACUCUGUGAAAUCGUUUGAUAAUAAAACUUCAAUCAAUGAAAUCGUUGACACACUGAGUGGUAAUGAGAGCUCAAUAGAUGACAAGAUUCAGAAACUGUACGAAGAAUGUAGAGAUGAUGACCGAAAAAAUGAGACAAUUGAUGGCAAAGAAGGCAAUAAUGAGCGCAAAAAUCAGUGUAAAUCUCCGGUUACUGUGCGCCAAAUGGCCGUACAAGACUAA